ACAAAAACAGAAAGAACAAAAGCUACAACAACAAGCCACCGUAGAGCACUAAAAACCAAAUUACAAACAAUUAAAAGCGAGCACAGGCAAGGAUCCUCCAGAGAGCUUGACAACGGUACUGCUGCCACGCCCCCUGGAAAAACCCAAACCCAAACACAAGCACAGGCACACGCAGACAGUGAAAAAGGACCCCAGAAAUACAUACACACACACACACAAACACACACAGAGUCAGAGACACAAAAAGCCAGCUACAUGCCUCAAUGGCAGCUUCAUCGUUUAUGGCCAACUAAAACUGAGCAGCGGUCCCCGCCGAGGACCCCCGAAUUUCAGGGAUCCUGGCCACCAGUCCAUCAUCGCCGGGACCUUUGUCUUUGUCUCGCAUCACGAACAGAAACUGAAACUGAAACAGAAACGAAUACCACAGCAACAGCAACAGCAUCACCAACAGCAACAGCAAUAGCAACGCCACCGAAGGCGGCAAUAAAAAGUUUGCUUUGUGUUUCGGUGUCGACAUUGCCUGAACUGAAGCCCCAUUCUCAUUCUCCUCCUGCCACGCCCCCUUAGAGCGGUGUCGCCCUCGUUGUCGUCCUUGUCGUCAUCGUCAGACGACGCCUGUGGGCACUCAAUUAAGACCAAUUCAACGCAACUUGAAAGCGACAACGGCAACAAAAGCAGCUGCCAAAGUAACAAAAACAGCGAAAGGAGCGAAACAACAAUAGCUGGCGAGCAGCAGUAGCAGGAGAAACAUUAGAAGUAGCAACAAUAGUAGAAAAAAUACCAGCAACGACUACAUCAACACGCAGCAACAAUUGCAGCUGCAGCUGCAGCAACAUCAAUAGUUGAAAGCAAAACAGCAGAAAUUGCAGCAACUGCAGAAGAAGAAACAACAGCAAUACCUUAAUAAGCCUCUACAUCUUGAAUGGAAACAGAAACAGCUGUAAGAAAGAACAACAGCAAUAGAAGCAACAUCAAUAGGAAACCCAUCAGCAGCAAGAGCAGUUGAAUAGACAACAGCAACAUCAGGAACCACAAGCAACACCAGUAGCUAGACCAAGGUCAAAAGUAAAAAAAAAAACCCAACUAAAAGAGCAGCAGCGACAACAGCAGCAACUUAAGCAACACCAGCAACAACUUAACAAACAGCAGCAAUUGAAGUGUAAAUAACAUCAGCAACAAAUGAAGUAGAAACAUUGGCAAUAAUUGCAGGACCUACAUUAGUCAAGGCUAUAAAAAAAUACCAAAAAAAAAACAGCUGAAUAAGCUGCAGCAACUGGGGAAACAGCAGCAGCAUCUGCAACAGCUAUUAAAGCUGCUGCCACAACAGCAAUACAAGCGGCAAAAACAGCAGUAGCGGCAGCAAAACAAGCUGCAACAUCGGCAGCAACAUCAUCAGUGGUAAAGUGAAGCAGCCACGCCCACGGAAACGCCUUCCCCCACUCACACGUACACAGACACAGACACAGAAUCGGAAUCAGAAUCAGAAACAAAAACAGAGACAUAGACAUAGACAUACAGAAACAGAAACAGAAAGCGAAAUAGAAACAGAGAUAGGUACAGGAGCAACAUCCGCACGGACAGGACCACGCCCACGUAUCGCAGGCGUGGGCGGCGGGCGGUCUGGUUGGUUGAGUGAAUGUCAGGAUGAAACUGAGCGUGAGCGCGUAUCGGGCGCAUGCAUCCGCACACAAGAAGAUCCUCUCCAGCGGCUAUCACUCACAGCUCAACUACGGCAGCACUGGAGCGGCAGCGGCAUCCUCCUCGUCGUCGGGGGCCACUGCAACGGGCCUAUAUACGAUGGAACAGCACGAGAACGAGGCGGGCAAGUUUGUCAAGGAUGUGGCCCGUCAGGUGCACGACUGCAACAGCGACACGGACGUCAUCAGUCCCACGGGCACCAGUAGUUCCGGCGGAGGUGGCGGCGGUGCCGGCGGUGCUGGUGGUGUCGGCGGCGUAUCCGGCGGCCAGGGACCCGGGCCCAGCGACGGUGGCUAUCACAAGCGGCACCACAAGAUGGUCCGCGAUGACGACAACAAUAGUGCGGCCCACUCCUCGGACAGCAAAAGUCCCAGCCAGCGGAAAUCGCGUAUCGGAGAUGGAGCUUCAGAUCCAGAUUCCGAUUGGACACGAUCGAACCAGCGCUGGAUGAAGCUGCGCACCACCGUGCAGAUCUCGUCGGCGAUACAGAAGAAACCACCUCUCAAGCGCGAAGACUCCUUCCUGAAGCGUUUCUCGACUAGACAGAUACCCGAAACACAGGAAACUGUUGAAGAUACGGGUUCAGAAAGUGCCUCUGGUGACGUCGACAAGAGUGUUAAACGACGGCGACGCUAUCUGCAGAAACGACGAUCCGUUGUUAAUCCAGAUGAAAAUUUUUACUUCUAUUGGUUAAUGAUGUUAACUGUAUGUGUUCUAUAUAAUCUAUGGACCCUAAUUGUGAGGCAGAGCUUUCCUGAACUGCAGCAAUCUGUGCCCACGUUUUGGCUCAUCUGCGAUUCGAUGACAGAUGUUGUAUUUAUCUUAGAUAUAAUAGUUCAAUUACGCACAGGCUAUCUGGAGCAGGGACUAAUGGUAUACGAUGACAGGAAGCUGGCCUGCCACUAUGUUCACUCGCGCGACUUCAUCUUCGACAUGAUUGCGCUGAUACCAUUGGAUCUGCUGCAGCUGAAGAUGGGCACACAUCCGCUCUUGCGUUUUACGCGCUUUUUUAAAGUUUAUCGAUCUGUGAGAUUUUAUUACAUCGUAGAGAGUAGAACAGUUUGGCCAAAUUUAUGGCGCGUUGUUAACCUAAUUCAUAUCCUGUUAAUACUGGCACACUGGUUCGGUUGUUUCUAUUUUUUACUUUCCGAGGCGGAGGGUUUUCAGGGCGAUUGGGUCUAUCCGUACCGACCCGGGGACUAUGCCACCCUGACGCGAAAGUAUCUGGGCAGCCUGUACUGGUCGACCCUGACACUGACGACCAUUGGGGACCUGCCCACGCCCGAGACGAAUGCAGAACCGAACUUUUCGGUGGACGGCCCUCGAUCAAUACCGAGGCGUGGCAUAAAAUCGCGUCUGCUUCAAUUCGGCUCCAGCUAUGGAUAUAUUUUUACGAUCGUCAGCUAUUUGAUUGGCGUUUUUAUCUUCGCCACCAUUGUGGGCCAAGUGGGCAAUGUGAUAACGAACCGAAAUGCGAAUCGCCUCGAGUUCGAGCGCCUGCUGGACGGGGCCAAGACGUAUAUGCGGCACCACAAGGUGCCCGGAGGAAUGAAGCGUCGCGUGCUGCGUUGGUACGACUACAGCUGGUCUCGCGGAAGGAUUCAGGGUGGCGGUGACAUCAAUACCGCACUGGGCCUGCUGCCCGACAAGCUGAAAACCGAACUGGCCUUACACGUCAACCUCAGCGUGCUGAAGAAGGUGACCAUUUUCCAAGAGUGCCAGCCCGAGUUUCUGCACGAUCUCGUGCUCAAAAUGAAGGCCUACAUCUUCACCCCAGGCGACUCCAUCUGUCGCAAGGGCGAGGUGGCCCGCGAGAUGUUCAUCAUUGCCGAUGGCAUCCUGGAGGUCCUUAGCGAGACGGGCAAGGUCCUCACGACCAUGAAGGCCGGCGACUUCUUUGGCGAGAUCGGCAUCCUAAAUCUGGAUGGGCUAAACAAACGUACGGCGGAUGUGCGGUCCGUGGGCUAUUCGGAGCUGUUCUCGUUGUCCCGCGAGGAUGUCCUGGCCGCCAUGAAGGACUACCCGGACGCCCAGGAGAUCCUGCAGACCCUCGGCCGCAAGCGCCUCAUGGAGGUGCGCUGCGUGAACAAAAAGUACGCGAAGGCGCAGAGCGACAAGGAGGCGGCGGCCUAUGCGGCGGCCCAUCCGCACCACCACCAGGGUCACCAGGGCCAUCAGGGUCACCACCAGGGCCAGGUGCACCAGAGCGACAGCAGCGAGAACAGUGCCUCCAAGAAGAUCGUGGACAAGCUGAAGCACGACGUCAAGGGCUUCCGGAAUGUCCUUAAAAAGUCCAGGACCUCGCGUAAAAGCGACGAGUCCCUGGAGAUGCAGCCGCUGCACAACACCUCGCCCCGCGGCAGCAAGAUCCUGCUGAAGCGCAUGUCGCGGGUGAGAUCGGACGAGAAGGACGCGGAUAGCGCCGAGGCCAAGGACGAGUUGCACGACAAGACGCCCAGCCCCAUUGGGGCGGGGCUGCCGCUGCUGCAGCGCCUGCGGCUGCUCAAGGAGAAGCAGGAUCGCGAAGAGCGAGCUGUUAAGUCCACACCACCACAGAAAUCUCCACCUCACUCACAUGUAACGUGUACGUUAUCGCCGCAGGAAUCGAUCCAGGAGGAGCCCGAACGCGAGUUCAGCGAAGGCUUUCCCCUGAUCCAGCGACUGCAGCAGUUGAAAAUUAAGAACGAGCCGCAGGCCAACGCCGCCGAACCCGGCGUCGUCAUGGUCAACACGCCGCCCAAUAUCAGCAGCAAGAUAGACUCGCAUUUCGGGGCCGCCCAGGCAGGAGGAUCCAUAGCGAUGCCAGGGCCCAAUGGUGGCCUCUCGGCGCCGGGACAAUCGCUGACGGUGGCCCAGAUCAAGCCCAUCAUGAAGGUUUCGUUCAAGCAGAAGAUCCAACAGUUGCAGGGAGGAGUGAGCAGCUCGCCGUCGCCGAGUACGGGAGCCAUAGCCAAAAAGGAGCCACCCAAGUCCCUGGCCCUGGUGGCCAAGCAUGGAGCAGCCUCCGAUGAUGCAGUGGCCACAACCGGACUGGGAUUGGGAUUGGGACUGGGAGUCGGAAUGGGAAUGGGAGUGGGAAUGGGAAUGGGAAUGGGAGCUGGCGGCUCUGGCAUAGCCACCAUAUCGAAGAGGGUGGUCAAGCCCAGCCAGCGGAUGGCCACGCCACUGCAAUCCGAUACGGACACCGACGGGACGCCCAUCAAGCCGUGGUCCAAGCUGAAACUGGCCACCCUGAUGUCUUCCAGCUACACCAGCCUGACCAACUGUUCGCCCGACGACCUGGCCUCGCCGCUGAAGAACUACUCGCUGAGCAACAUACCGCAGCAGAUGGAGUCGACGCACCCACGACCACGUCACCACAGUGCCCGGAGCAGUGCGAGAUCACCGCGUCACGGUCAUGGCCAUGGGCAUGGACAUGGACACCAUCACGACGGACAUGGGCCCGGAUCAGGGCAGAGCUGCUCGAGCACCAUCUGCUCGUCGACCAGCCAGGCGAAUCAGAUGGCCAGCACGACGGCCAGCGCCAAGAGGGACUGCCUGCGGCUGCAGAAGCCGGAGCAGCACCUGCCCGACGGCGAACUCACGGAGCUGGGCGGCAACGGGCGGCGGAAGUUGUACCAGAGCGUAUUCGAUCUGUCGCCGGAAUACUGCGGCCUGCCGUUCGUCAAGCGUCUGAAGAUCCUCAACGAGCGCCAGAAGCUGGCCGAACUGGAGCGGGCCCUCCAGACGCGAAGUUUCAGCCUGGACUGCUCCAAAUCGGGACCGGACAGCAAGGUGCCCAUCACGGAGUCACUGUAUCGCUGCUACAGCGACACCUCCGGCAUCUAUUCGCAGUUCCUCAGCACGUACGAGUCAACCACCAGCUCUACUUCGAUAUCCACCAACACAUCUGCAUCUGCAUCGGCAUCCGCAUCCGCUUCGGCAUCCGCAUCGGCAUCCGCAUCCGCAUCGGAUAGCAACUCCAGGCAAUUGCAGUAUGUGCCACUGCCACUCAGUCCCGAAUCCAAUGAGACUGUGGAACGGCGCAAGCUGAAGAGUAUACUCAAGAAGCUGCAGCAGCAGGAGGAGAUGGUGGUGGUGUCGGCGCCGGGGUCGAAGGUCACCCCAAAGGGGCUGGGCCAGGGCCUGGCGGCGGAGCCCACCUUGGAAGGGUACGUGGCUAGGCACAGUAAGCUCUUGAAGAGUGUAACCUUCCAUUCCACUCUUUCCAGCCCGCCCGCCAGUGCCAAGGAGGAAUGUCCUUCUCCCUUCGGCGGCGCUGCGGCGAUCGGAAUGAUAUCGUUGAAUAAUAAUAAUGGUGGCGGUACGGGUACGGUUACGGUUACGGGUAAUGCUAACGGUAAUGCUAACGGUAAUGCUAACGGUAACAGUAACGGUAAUGAUCCAGUUAAUAAAACUAGUUCGAGUUCGCGUGUAACGAGCAACAAGAGUAGUGCGUAUGCGAGUUCACCAUCGGUAUCGGUGGCAUUUCCGUUUCCGGUUGCGCCGGGGCCACACGCACACACACACCCACUUCCGCAACCGCAUUCGCAUCCGCUUCCGCUGGCAACCGAAGCGAAUGUCUGGUCGCCGACGUUGACGUUGGUAACGCCCACGAAUUCGCCGCAGGAGAGCUACGCGUUUCCCGCUCAACUAAGGGAUCCGGGCGAUUUGGAAGUGGGCGGACUCGUUGGUGGCGUUGGCACCGUCUCAGCGUCGUCGUCUUUGCCAGUCGGAUCAGUUGGAACAGUUGGAACAGUUGGAUCAGCUGCAUCCGCAUCCGCAUUAGCAUCCGCAUCCGCCUCGUAUGUCGUGGAGUGCUCCUCGUCGUCGAAUCAAAUCCUCCAUGCCCAGUCAACCACUGAUUUGAAUUUGAAUUUGCAGCUCAGGCAGAACACGACCACCAGUGCGAUGGGCGGACCGGGCUCAGGGCCCCGGCUCGAAGGCUUCCCGGAGGCACAGGACUACUUCAAUCAGAUCCUCAGCGGCAUCAACCACGUGAUCAAGACGCACAUGAACGAGAUGCACUCCAAGUUCGAGACGCAGUUCUCCAGCAUGGCGGGCGAGGUGAGGCGCCGCGAUGCCAUCAUUGCCCAGCUGCAGCUCAAGCUGCGCUCCAUCGAGGGCAAGGCCACCACGGCUCCGGUGGCUUCCGCAUCGGCAUCCUCCACUGCCGGCGCCCUAGUGCUGCCACUCAGCCGGCGCCAGAACCGCGAGAAGAUGUCCCAGCUGUCGGUGGACGAUGAUGAGCCACCCGAGGAGGAGGACAACAGCAGUUCGGGAUCGUCGGCGGAGCUUCUGUUCAUGCGCGGUGAUUCCCUGGACACGGUGUUCACCUCAUCGCCGCCCAUCCAGGGCGGCAGGCGCAGCAUAUCGCCGGGUCCGAGUCGGCACCAUGCGGCCUCGGCGAACGCCCUCAACUGCCCCAGCAGCUACUACGGAGGACCCGGAGGCUCCCUCUCCCUGAGCUCCCGGCACGCCCAGAGCCAUCCCAGUUUCUACUCCGGCCAGGGCAACGGACGCAGUGGCCGCAGUGGCCAGAGUGGCCAGAGUGGACGCAGCAGUGGCUACGGCUACCAUCGCGAGUGGAGCGGCGGGGCGGACAGCAUGGGUAACCUAGGCAUGGUGGCCGAUGUCACGGGCAAUCUGGCCCGCCUCUCGGACAGCGUCAUCCUGGACAUUGGCGAGAGCUCCAGUUCGAGCUCUUCCUCCAGCAAGAUCAAUAUGGCCGAUGUGGAUGACGACGACGACGACGAGGUGGAGGAGGAGGGGGGUCCGGCGGCACGGCAUCCCCGAGAGGAUGAGGAUCAGGAUGAGGGCGGUGGUGGUGGCGGAACGGCAAGCCACAACGACUGGGAGGUGCAGAUGCUGGCCGCCGAAAUGGAGCGGCAGGAGCGGCGCAAGCGGGGUCACUCCCUGUCCGACAAUCUGGGCGAGCUGAAGCACUGCAGCACGUUCCUGCGACGGCGCCGGAAAUUCAGCGACACGGAAACGGAGUUCAGUGAGACGGACAUGGAGCACGAGCAGCAGCUGCAGGGCAGCUCCAUAGAUCCGGCUGCAUUGGGUGCCUCCGGCUCGGGAGGAGGCUCCACCUCGGCGGGACACCAGAGCGGCAGCCAGCGGCCGCGGGCCUCCAGCUUGGACCAGUUCAACCUGCGCUACGGCAUCGGACGCGGCAUCUUUAAAGCAAUGAGCAUCGACCGUGAUAAAGACAAGCUUUGAGAACUAUAAUCACGACCAAAUCCAACCCGAUCCCGAUCCCGAUCACGAUCCCCAAGCAAACCAGAAGCAAGUUCAACCGCAGUCAACCAAUAAGCAAUGGAAUUCGGACAGGAUUACCAUGGUACAAGAACUAGGUAUAUAUAUAUAUAUAUAUGAUAUACAAAACUAAGGAAAUGUGUGAGGACAUAUAGAUCUAUAUUCUAUAUAUGUUUAGCCCUAACGAACCCCCCAAGCAAACAAAAUCGUUAUAUACAGAUAUACAUAUAUAAGUUAAAACCCGAAUGAGAUAUAUAUAUAUACAUAUAUAUAUAUAUAUAACAAGUGUAGAAUUAACUGAAACAACUACUACAACUAAAACCGAGAAACAACACAGAAAUAGCCAGAGAGUGUUCCCACCCCUGUUCCAAUUACAAUUCAUUUAGCUUUCUUAAAUCGCAUCUUUGUUGUUUUCCCUUGCAAAUAUAAGUACAUUUUAGCCUGAGGUUAUCUUUGUCCGCUUUAGAAAGUGUCUACGAUAAACCUAUAAGGCUGAAUGAAAUUUAUCACUGAUUAUAAAAUGUUUUACUGUUUAAAAUUCUUUUUAAAUGUUUAGGUAUCAUUUAUUAUAUCCUAUUAAUUUGUAAUCACUCAUUCAUCUGUCCGUUAGCUUUCCGCUUAAUAGAAUUUUUGCUUAUAACUUCUAGAAUCUAUUUACCAUAACAUGAAGCUAUUUUUAAAAGUAUUAUUUUACCUAAAGUUGAAAAACCUUAUUUGAUUAAUCUAUUUGUAGUGAUUAAUAACCAAUUAUAGUUUGCAAGUGGACUCAAAGACUCGGUCUACCGAUUAUAAAUAUUCGUUCAUAUUUUUUUUUUUUCGAAAUUGCCAAAAAUUUGCAAAACGGUGUGUAUGUGUGGGUGUGACCCUGUGAGAGAGUGUAUGUGUGCGAGCAAGAAAGCACGAGAGAUGAUAAUUCCCACAUUAAACCGUCCUGAAAAACGUCCAUGCCACGAUGCGCAUGUUUAUUCAUUUUAUAUGUAUCUGUAUCUGUAUCUCUGUAUCUGCUACCAAAUCUGCAUUUGUAUCUGCAUCCUAGUCAUCUCGAUCUGAACCUAAGUCGCCAUAGUUAGGUGUAUUGCUCAGUUGCUCGUUUAAUUCGCGGACGGCGGGGGCGUGGGUCUCUCUACAGAUGUACAUAUAUACCUCCUAUUGUUAGAGACUAUGAAACAUAUAUACAUAUAUAUUUUAAGUACGUACAUAUAUACACAGAAAUAUACAUAGUUAUACAUAUAUCUAUAUAUGAACUAGUGUAAUGAAAACCGAAAGCUUUAAUAACUUAUAUAGAGAACUAUUUAAGAAACGUUUUAAAUACUUAUCGAUUCGGACAAAUGUUUUGAAAUAGAACAGGCCAACACCCAUUCCCAGAAAAAAAAACAACAAACAAACAAGUAAACACAGAUUACACAAAAAACACACAUUAAGCAUACACCUGCAUACGAAUAUCUAAAUGUAGAGCCUAUAAUAUGCAUAGAUUAGCGAUUUACUUGUUGAACACCCUCGGCUCGAGCUGUUAGGCCUAUCUAAGCGUUAGUCGAACCUAUCGAAAAACUUAGACUAGCCACCCGCUCGAUUCCCCACGCCCAUGCAUUCGUUCGGUUUCGUUCACCUAAUCUCACGCUUGCCCUUUGACCUCAAGCCCCACUAACUAGAGACACUAUCUCGCUUUAAGAAAGGCAACUCUAGCUCUUAAGUAGCUUAGUACAGUUCAAGAUCAAUUUCGAAUCCAGAUCGAGUCCGUCGCGCACCGCCCACAAAAAAGAAAAUGUAUCUGAUGACCAGGCGGGUAACACGUUUGUUGAUUGUUGUUGAUUGUCGUUGAUUGUUUUGCUUUGAUUUCUCGUUGCUCUGAACUAAUUGCUUCACUAAGAACAGUCCUAGACGCACUCACUAAUCAGCCGGUAGAGUCCAUAGAAAAAAGUUAGACACCCAACUCUAGAGUUUUGUAGUUUCAACUAGCCGCUAAAAGGAUGUUAAGCUGUACUCAAGACACUUACUAUCGCUCUGGCUAUCUUGGCUAUCGAUAACUAUCGUACUGUACUUAGCGCACUAAGGCACACUCACACACACACAGCUACACAAACACACAAAAACGUACAAAACCUUAUUGAAGAAAGCCGAGGAAGUCAGCCUCACAGAUACUUUAUCUACUCAAAUAUGUAACUUUUACACAGAUAGGGAAACACUAAAAUUUGAGGUGAGUUUAAGCAGUAAUCUGUCUUUCUCGAUGGUUUUGCACAAAAACAUCGAUAAUUACCGAUUAUUAGUUAGCAUCAUGACUGUUUGAAAAGAAACACGAUUAUUUAUUAGGGUUUCACAUAAACUUGUAUUGUUGUUAUAUUUUUUGUAUUUCCAAAAUUCGACUUUUAGUACGAAAUACGUCUUAUUUGACUACUUUCAAAAUACUUAUAUAGAUUUAAUAUUUUCUUUAACAAUAAAUUUAAAUCGAAAUAUAGUUCAAAAAGUUGUGAAACCUUAACGAAUCAUCGACUUUCCCUUUAAAGCAUGAUUUCUCCACCACUAGUCCACGUGCACAGCUAGAAACAAAACCUGAAAUUCAAGGAACAAAUUCUCAAAUGGGUUCAAUAUAACAAAAAACCUUAGCUACAAAAAGUACACAAAUAUGCAACAACUUAAAUGGGUCACAGCCAGCUAAGCAGUCCAACUAAUUGUAAUAAGACAAACGACAAGCACAACACUUAUGUAAUUCAAAACACAGCCAGAAAAAGAUGGAGCUGAAGAAAUAACUCUAUAAGAAUUUGAUUUACUCGUUUACCGGGUUCCUUUGUUGAAGGCCAAGUUUGAACGCCAAGGAAAACCAUUUAAAUUGAAUUACAUACGCCAGGGACCACAAAAUGUUUUUUUGUCUCUUUUUUAUAAAACGUGUAGACACAAAAGGAAAACCUAGCAAAUCUAAUGAUAAUAAUGCCAUAACAUGCAAGUGUUAUUGACCAGAAGGUAGCCGUCAUAUAAUCAACGAUAAACCUUUAGCCAGACACCCAUUAUUGGCCCAUCCCCGAUAUAAAAUACUACCAUAUAUGCAUAUGUAUGUCUAACUGAUUUCGUACGUACCACUCACUCUCGGUUCAAUUGUUGUCAGCCAACGAAAAUCUCUGUGAGUCAAUUAUGUAUAUGGAUCAUUUUUAAACGAUUGUUUUUAAUAAGACGCCAGACCGAUUAUGACCUACUAUGUAUUGUACUAUAUUGCAUUGAAUACCGCGGAUUGUUGUCGUUGUUUAAAUUUUAAAUUUUAAAUUGCUCGUUUUUAAGUUAUCGAUAUUUUUGUACAUUAGUUUAAGGUAGCGCAUAAUGAGUCCCACGAGUCUAGAGUAAAUUCCUAUAUAAAUGUAUAAAUACAUAUAUUUUUUUUUUCUCCUAAUUGCUAAUUUCGCAAUGUUGACCGAUUACGCAACAGAAUGUACUUAUAGUAAAAUUAUACGCAAAGAUAAUUUAAACUAAACUAAAUGGAACUAAGCCCCAAGCAAAACCAAACAAAACAAAACUAAACAAAACAAAGAAGUUAGCACAUGUUAAAGAAGCGCAAAUAAAAGUGAAAUAAGACAAAAAAUUUAACAACAAACUUGCCUUCGGUUGCGAGUUACUUUGUAGUGUGCCAAAUCUACAUCAUAUCAACUUUUACUCACCACAAGGUAUGAUGUUGCUGCAAAAUAAUACGAACCUAGAUACAAACACUUAAUGAAACCAAGACAAACCGAUGCAAGUCAAGCAAAACCCCGUGCAACCAAGGUGAAAUAUGAAAGAAAAAACGAAGCAAACAAAACUUAUUUAAAUAAA